ACUAGAUUUUUAUGAAAAAAUAACAAAAAAACAAAAAAAAUUCAACUUUAAAAACCUUGCAAAUAGUUAAACAAAAUCACAUGUACUCAUUUCUGCUCCCCACUGUAUAUCAAAAUAUUUUGGAAGCAUAUGUAUGUAUCUCCCAAUUUCGAGCUCGACAAGUUGGAAGACGAUCUGUUUCCCAAUGUUCACGUGGGUUGCUCAAAGAUUUAGUUUUGAAUGGUGCUGAAGUGCCGAAAGACUAUAGAAACAGCUUAAAAGCUGUGGCGAGCCCAAAAUUAUCAUUCUUCGUACGCAAAUUUUUCACGGAAUCGCAAAGUUUAGACCGCCAAACUCUACUAUUAACUGGACGUAAUUAUUCCAAGUCAAGAAUACGAGAACUAGAAAAAGCAAGAAACUUGAGAAUGUCUAAGAUAAAUGAUGAAUCGUUAACUAUAUUACAUUAUAACGACGUUUACAAUGUCGAGCCGAAUUGCGGGAAGGAACCAGUUGGUGGUGCGGCACGUUUUUGCACCGCAAUUAAAUCCUUCUCGCACUUGGAGCCUCUGGUUCUGUUUAGUGGUGAUAUUUUCUCUCCCAGCAUGUUAAGCACGUUCACGCAGGGCGAACAGAUGAUACCGGUGCUGAAAAAAACUGGUACACACUGCGCUGUCUUUGGAAACCAUGAUUUCGAUCACGGUCUGGACGUUCUAGUCAAUUUGAUUAAAAAUACAUCCUUUCCGUGGCUUAUGUCUAACGUUGUGGAUAACGAAACAGGAAAACCUCUUGGAGGGGGAAAGAUAACUCAUGCCAUGCGCCACAAUCAAAUAUUAAUUGGUAUGAUUGGACUUGUAGAGCGGGAGUGGCUGGAAACAUUACCCACUAUAGACCCUAACGAAGUAACCUAUACGGAUUACGUCGAAGCAGCAAAUAAAUUAGUAUCUGAGCUGCGUAACGAGGGAUGUGAAAUUAUCAUCGCAUUGACACAUAUGAGAACCCCAAAUGACAUAAGACUAGCGGCCAACUGCCCCGGUAUAGAUUUAAUUUUGGGUGGACAUGAUCACGUGUAUGAAAUCAAGGAAGUUAAUGGUGUGAAAAUCGUAAAGUCAGGCACAGAUUUUCGCCAGUUUUCAAAAAUCGUUUUAAAAAAGGAACGUGAUGAGAAUGGUCAAGUUGUGGUAAACAUUGAACAAGUAAAUGUUACUUCGGAUUUUGUUGAAGAUAAAGACUUGAAAGAAGAGCUGGACAAAUACUCAGAGGUUAUUGAAGCCAAAAUGACUGAAGUUGUGGGCAACUUUAGCGUGGAUUUGGAAGGACGUUUUUCUGUGAUCCGUACCCAAGAAACUAAUCUGGGCAAUUGGGUUUGUGAUGUUGUUUUAGCGGCUACCGGAGCGGACAUUGUCAUAAUCAACGCAGGCACUUUUCGUUCAGAUCAAAUACACCCGCCCGGUCCGUUUACAAUGCGUGAUUUGGUGAAUGUUAUCCCCAUGCGGGAUCCACUGAUUUUAGUAGAAAUUACGGGAAAAUGUUUGUGGGAAGCCUUAGAAAAUGCUGUUUCUGCUUACCCCAAGUUAGAAGGCAGAUUUCCUCAAGUUAGUGGUGUAGCAUUUGCCUUCGAUCCUUCUAAACCACCGGGAAAGCGUAUAGACCCGCGAUUGAUACGAGUGGCAGAUGAGUUAAUUGAUUUACAGCAAAUGUACAAAUUAUGUAUAAAAUCAUACAUAUAUAACGGUUGCGAUGGUUUCACUAUGUUCAAAAAUGCUAACAUUCUGAUCGAUGAGGAUCUUAGUCCGGAACUAGGGCUUGCAAUACAGAACCAUUUCAAAGCGAUAACUCUACGCAACGAAAAAGGCGAUCAUCAAACCAAACAUCGACAAUCCUUAGUCACGCUUUCACGACGGCACAGCAUGGUGCAAAUGCUAGACAAUCUUGAUCUAAAUGGGCCAUCACCCAUAAGGAAGCUAUCUGUAGGACAUCACGCUAAAUCUAUAGAUGUUUCAAACACAAAAGCGUCGAAGAUGCUACGACGACCUUCCUUGGAGGACUUAGAACAAGCUAGCUGCGAACUGGCUCCCACCGUACAAGAGAGGAUUGUGCGCAUUCAGAGUGAAGAGCACUAUAAUCAGUUAUUGAAAAGAAAAGGAACUCCAGUAACGAAUUCUGUAAUUACCGAGGCUGAAGAUGAGUAAUUUUAAUUUUGUAAAAGUAAUUAUGAAUUAGUUUACUUAUAUUAGUACAAAAUGAAGCAUGUUAGCUAAGAAUACCUGCUUUAAUAGUUUAUACAAUUGAAACAUAAUCACAAAAGAUUAAUCUAGUUUAUGUUUCAUUCUACGCUUAUCAAAUAUAUAAAAAUUGAGAUAA